GAAGCCCCGCCCGCCUUCCGACGGGGGUGCGGCUCCAGGAAACGGCGCGCUCGAAGCUCUGCGCUCCGCCACCCGACGCGCUCCAGACGACCCCGCCGACUCAGCCAGACCAUCCGACGGGCCCCAGCGGCGGCAGCGGAGAGCGCGAUCCCGGGUUGGAGCCUGGGACACCUCAGCACGGACGGGGCGGGCAGCGCAGACAGGCCAUGGGGACCCGGGCCAGACCAGCGGAGGCGGGCCAGCGGGAGUCCCGGGCCUGAGAAGUGGGCAGCGGGGCAGCGGUGGCCAUGACCUCGGUGUGGAAGCGCCUGCAGCGCGUGGGCAAGCGGGCAGCCAAGUUCCAGUUCGUGGCCUGUUACCACGAGCUGGUGUUGGAGUGCACCAAGAAAUGGCAGCCGGAUAAGCUAGUGGUGGUAUGGACCCGGCGGAACCGACGCAUCUGCUCCAAGGCCCACAGCUGGCAGCCGGGCAUCCAGAACCCAUACCGGGGCACCGUGGUGUGGAUGGUACCCGAGAAUGUGGACAUCUCCGUGACCCUCUACAGGGACCCUCACGUGGACCAGUAUGAGGCCAAAGAGUGGACAUUUGUUAUUGAAAAUGAGUCUAAGGGGCAGCGGAAGGUGCUGGCAACAGCUGAAGUGAACCUGGCCCACCAUGCAGGGCCCGUGCCCGCCCAGGUCCCACUGAGGCUGCGGCUGAAGCCCAAGUCGGUGAAGGUGGUGCACGCUGAGCUGAGCCUCACUCUCUCAGGGGUGCUGCUGCGGGAGGGCCGUGCCACGGAUGAUGACAUGCAGAGUCUCGCAAGCCUCAUGAGUGUGAAGCCUAGUGAUGUGGGCAACUUGGAUGACUUUGCUGAGAGUGAUGAAGACGAGGCUCAUGGCCCAGGAGCCCCCGAGGCCCGGGCUCGAAUCCCCCAGCCAGGCCGGGGCGGUGCCCUGAGGCUGGGGCGUUUCCCAGAUCCCUCUCGAGAGCUGAAGACGCUUUGCGAGGAGGAGGAGGAAGGCCGAGGACGAGCCCGGCGGGCAGUUGCCAGCCCUUCUAGUGCUGAGGACACCAGCUCAGUCCCUGUGAGUGCUCCUGCACCCCCAGCCAGAGCCUCCCGAGGCCAGGGGUCAGAACGAGCUACUGAAGCCGGGGGCCAGGUGGGCCCUGAGGCCCCAAGGCCCCCGGAAACCUCAGCAGAGAUGAGGUCUUCAAGGCAACCAGGCCAGGACACGGCCCCCACCCCAGCCCCUCGGCUCCGGAAAGGCUCUGAUGCCCUCCGGCCCUCAGUUCCCCAAGGGGAGGAUGAGGUCCCCAAAGCCUCAGGGGCUCCCCCAGCAGGAUUGGGCUCUGCCAGGGAGACCCAGGCCCAGGCACGCCCUCAGGAAGGGACAGAAGCCCGUGGGGCUAGGCUGGGCCCAGGCAUUGAGGAGAAUGGCUCUAGAGAGCCUUUUGGAGGGCAGAGACUCAAGGUUGAAGAGACGGGUACUGGAGACAGGCCAGAGGCCAGUGGGAGGGACACUGAGGCCAGUCGGGGGGACACCGAGGCCAGUGGUGUGGACAGUGAGCCCGGGGCAGGAGGCAGAGAGGUCAACACUAAGAGGGCAGGAGUCAGAGCCAGGGAGGCUACAGAGAGUUCAGCUGUUUGUCAAGGGGAUGCUGAGCAGAGGUUAAAGGUGGGACAUGUGGACACUAAGGGACCAGAGGCAACAGGGGCGAUGCCUGAGGCAAGAUGCAGGGGGACCCCCGAGGCUCCUCCAAGGGGCUCUCAGGAGAGGGUAGGAGUCAGGACUAGGGAUGAGGCUCCCUCAGGCCUGAGCCCGCCCCUAGUGGAGACUGCAGGGCACUCUGGGCAUCUUGGUGACCUCCAGGGGGCCAGGGUUGCUGCAGGCCAGGAGAAAGAGGGUGCAGACGUGAGGGGCGGAGCCCCUGGUAUUGAGGGGACAGGCCUGGAGCAGGGCCCCUCUGUUGAAGCAACAAGCACCGGGCCACAGGCACCACGUACCCUGGUUAGCUCCAGCCAGUCCCUGCUGGAGUGGUGCCAGGAAGUGACCGCUGGCUAUCGUGGGGUCCGCAUCACCAACUUCACCACAUCCUGGCGAAACGGAUUGGCCUUCUGUGCCAUCCUGCACAGAUUCUACCCAGACAAGAUUGACUAUGCCUCCCUAGACCCACUCAACAUCAAGCAGAACAACAAGCAGGCCUUCGAUGGCUUCGCGGCCCUGGGCGUGUCGCGGCUGCUGGAGCCCGCGGACAUGGUGCUACUGUCGGUGCCCGACAAGCUGAUCGUCAUGACGUACCUGUGCCAGAUCCGCGCCUUCUGCACCGGGCAGGAGCUGCAGCUGGUGCAGCUGGAGGGCGGCGGCGGCGCCGGCAGGUACCGCGUGGGCAGCGCCCAGCCCAGCCCGCCCGAAGAUCUGGACGCCGGAGGCCUGGCGCAGCGGCUGCGCGAGCACGGGGUCGAGGCGCCCCAGGAGGCUGUGGACCGCGCGGACGGGGCGGCCCCGGGGGCGGCCUCCAGGAACGCGGAUGCAGGCCGCGCCUCCAAGGACAGUGGGGCCGAGGCCGCCCGACAGGCGCGACCCACGGAGGUCCCGGCAGAGGGGUUGGUGAACGGGGCGGGGGCACCGGGCGGUGGCGGCGUGAGGCUGCGACGGUCCUCGGUCAACGGGGAGGCCGGGCCUGUGCCCCCGCCCCGCGCGCACGGCUCCUUCUCCCACGUGCGCGAUGCAGACCUACUCAAGAAGAGGCGCUCGCGGCUGCGGAACAGCAGCUCCUUCUCGGUGGACGAUCCGGACGGGGGAGCCGCAGGAGCUGCGGGAGCUGCGGCUGCGGAAGGCCAGGCCCCUGACCCCAGCCCCGCCCUGGGCCCACCCACAGCUGCAGCCUCUCAACAGCCCCCUGAUAGGAGUCCCCCCUUGGAAGAGCCACCCCCAAGCCCAGGGGAGGAGGCUGGGCUGCAACGGUUCCAGGACACAAGUCAGUAUGUGUGUGCAGAGCUGCAGGCCCUGGAGCAGGAGCAGAGGCAGAUAGAUGGGCGGGCAGCUGAGGUGGAGACGCAGCUGAGGAGCCUCAUGGAGUCAGGUGCCAACAAGCUGCAGGAGGAGGUGCUGAUCCAGGAGUGGUUCACCCUGGUCAACAAGAAGAACGCGCUCAUCCGGAGGCAGGACCAACUGCAGCUGCUCAUCGAGGAGCAGGACUUGGAGCGCAGGUUCGAGCUGCUGAGCCGCGAGCUGCGGGCCAUGCUGGCCAUCGAAGACUGGCAGAAAACGUCUGCGCAGCAGCACCGAGAGCAGCUCCUGCUGGACGAGCUGGUGUCGCUGGUGAACCAGCGCGACGAGCUGGUCCGGAACCUGGACCACAAGGAGCGGAUCGCCUUGGAGGAGGACGAGCGCCUGGAGCGCGGCCUGGAGCAGCGGCGCCGCAAGCUGAGCCGGCAGCUGAGCCGGCGGGAACGUUGCGUGCUGAGCUGAGGCCGCCGGCCCGGGAGGCCCGUAGCUUCUCCAGCCCCCGGCGCCCGCCGCCGCCCCGGAUGCUGUGCGUGUCCGCUAGGGGCCGCCGGCGCCCUUCCCGCGACAGGGCAGGGCGGAUCGCCGGCCCGUGGCUUGGCGGCCGUCGUAUUUAUUUGUCGCCGAGUGUGUGUGCACGCUUGCGGCGGGGGCGGGCACCUCCCCGAUGGCACGGCCCGGCCAGCAGCCCCGGGGAGGAGAGGGAUGCCUGGGGGCUGCCGCCCUGCGCCGCCUCGCCCUCCUGUUCUCCAGAGCAGUAAAGUUGGACUAGGCUA